UUUCCCUGGAACCUGGGCUCCCGGAGGCGCUGCGCUGGGACAGAUGGAUAAUGGAGACUGGGGCUAUAUGAUGACUGACCCAGUCACGCUAAAUGUAGGUGGACACCUGUACACAACGUCUCUCACCACACUGACGCGGUACCCAGACUCCAUGCUUGGAGCUAUGUUUGGAGGGGACUUCCCCACGGCGCGCGACCCUCAAGGCAAUUACUUCAUUGAUAGAGAUGGACCUCUUUUCCGAUAUGUCCUCAACUUCUUAAGAACUUCAGAGUUGACUUUACCCUUGGAUUUUAAGGAAUUUGAUCUGCUGCGGAAGGAAGCAGAUUUUUACCAGAUUGAGCCCUUGAUUCAGUGUCUCAAUGACCCCAAGCCUUUGUAUCCUGUGGAUACUUUCGAAGAGGUUGUGGAGCUCUCCAGCACUCGGAAGCUCUCUAAGUACUCCAACCCAGUGGCCGUCAUCAUAACCCAGUUAACCAUCACCACCAAGGUCCAUUCCUUACUCGAAGGCAUCUCAAAUUAUUUCACCAAGUGGAACAAGCACAUGAUGGACACCAGAGACUGCCAGGUGUCCUUCACGUUUGGACCGUGUGAUUAUCACCAGGAGGUCUCUCUCCGGGUCAACCUGAUGGAGUACAUCACGAAGCAAGGCUUCACGAUCCGCAACACUCGGGUGCAUCACAUGAGCGAGCGGGCCAAUGAGAACACAGUGGAGCACAACUGGACUUUCUGCAGGCUGGCGCGGAAGACAGACGACUGACCGCCGGCCUGGGCCUUCCUGGGAGCGACUCUCCAGGAAAUGGAAGAGACUGGGCUUUUGCUUUUUAUUUUUCCCAUCAGAGUGUGGGCUUUUCCUUUUACUAUUUGUAUUUAUUUGAGAGCACUGAGGACCAGAAAGGAGUUUUGUGCUUUAGCAGACUCGUCCAUGUUUCCUUCACUCCGAGUAUGCAUGUGCCUGUUCAGUCUCCAGAUACCUUUUUUAUAAAAAGAAGUCUGAAAGAUUAUUAUGGUAUAUAAUCUACCCGUAACAGAGCUUGUCCUUAAUUACAGUGCUAAAAUGAUUUGUGAAAAAAUGGUCCUUAACUUCACUAGAAGGCUAAAAAUACAGGAAUGAAAGAGUAAGCAGAGACCUCAUGAUGCCUUUGAGAAAAUUCAAAAUAUCAUGUAGGGUGACCUUGUUUCCAGACCAAUAAGCAGUAUUGUAAUAUUAAGGGAAAACUGUUCCAAUCAUUUAAAGGUACUUGUUAAGUACUGCUUUUUACAGUUAUGACAACUGUUUCUUUCUAUGCAUAUAAAUCAAGCAACCAAAUAUCUGUAGCCAUGGAAAUGUCUGACUAGAAAUAUUUAUAUUGGAUUCUGAAUACAAAAUAUCCCUGUGGUAGAAAUCUCUCUACUUACGCCUGGUGCGGUAUAAUUCCCAAAUGUACUGUUUACCAGGAAAGAAAAAAACCUAAUAAAUAAGAAAUAUGAAAAUUA